AUGAAGGGUAAAACUCAAAACCAGAAUUUGGGCAGAACAUUUACAAAGCUAUUCAAUGCCCAGUUGCAGCUCAUCAAUGUCCUUUCUUUUUUCUUUUUGUUUGGCUGUGGUCUUGCUACUGGGGUCAUUCUUAGUUCCUAUCUCAAAAACGUAUCAUUCAACCUACAUGUCAGCCAAUUCUCUGUUUCUACCACUACCACAACAACAAUACCAUUACCAACAUUUAAGUUGCCUCGCGUAGGCUUGAAAGAAUAUUUGAAGGUGCCAGAUGUCAAGCAUGAUAUGGAUGAAAAGGAAUUGCUGUGGAGAGCUUCAAUGACGCCAAAGAUACGAGAGUUUCCAUUUGAUAGAGCUCCGAAGGUUGCUUUUAUGUUUUUGACAAAAGGUCCAGUUUUGAUGGCUCCGCUGUGGGAGAAAUUCUUCAAGGGCCAUGAAGGGUUAUACUCAAUUUAUGUGCAUUCAAGUCCGUCUUACAAUGAAUCAGAGCCAGAAAGCCCUGCGUUUCAUGGCAGAAGAAUUCCCAGUGAGGAAGUUAGAUGGGGAAAUGCAAACAUGAUUGAAGCUGAAAGACGACUAUUAGCUAAUGCACUCCUUGACAUUGCUAACCAACGCUUCGUUCUUCUCUCAGAAUCAUGCAUUCCAAUCUUCAACUUUUCCACUGUCUACACUUACCUAAUAAACUCAACCAAAAAUCAUGUGGAGUCCUAUGUUUUAGAUGGUCCAGUGGGUAAUGGCCGAUAUAGUCCUCAUAUGAGACCUGGGAUCAGAAUCGAACAAUGGAGAAAAGGCUCACAAUGGUUCGAAAUAGAUCGAGACCUUGCCGUUGAAGUUGUCUCGGAUAAAAAAUAUUUCCCCCUAUUCCAGAAGUACUGUAAGGGACAAUGUUAUGCUGAUGAACAUUAUUUACCAACAUUUAUCGCUAUGAAGCACUCGGAGAGGAAUACAAAUAGGACUUUGACGUGGGUUGACUGGUCAAGAGGAGGGCCUCAUCCUGCUAGGUUUUUAAGAACAGAGGUGACCGUUGAGUUCUUGGAGAGGAUGAGGAAUGGCAGCAAAUGUGUGUAUAAUGGGAAUAGCACCAACACUUGUUUCUUGUUUGCAAGAAAAUUCUGGCCUAAUGCUUUAGAUAGGCUACUGAGAUAUGCGCCCAAAGUCAUGCAUUUCAACCAAUAG